AUGAAACCAUUUCAAACACCAAAUUCAUGUCAUUCAAGAAAGGGAAGUGCUAAAGUAAAUAGACAACCAUUUGCCAUAAUAAGUAACUGUCCAGAAUUCUAAUAAUGUGCCAAUUAUUUAUAAAGUAAAGUAUAAGGAUUGGAAAUGAGAGUUAAAAAUCUUAAUAGUCAUCAUGCAAGUGAUAAUAGAUCAACAACAGCUUCUAAGACUACAUCAAAUUUAUCUCCUUUCAAUACACAUAAAUAAUGCAAGAAAUAUGGAUCUAAUAAGUAAAUUGAUACUCAAAGUUAUUAUGAAUCAAUUAUCAAUAAACGAUUAGAAAAUAUAAGUAAAAUUGAAUAAUCGCCAAUCAAAACAGAACAAUCAAUUAAUUAAGACAAGUAUUCAGUUCAUAGUUUAGUCACUCAUUAAACAAAAUUAAAUUAUAAUUGUAUUCAGAAAAUAUAAACUUUAACCAAAAGACUUAGAUAAUUUAAAUUAGUCAAAGAUCAAAAUCAAGAUGAAUGUGCUCCAUCUCUAGCAAAAAUUAAAUGUUUUUGUUAAGAAUUCUCUAAUGAAUGUUUCGAUUUCUACAGGUGUACAGAUCUAAUUACAUUAAAAUAUUUUAUUUAUUUACUUUUAUAGGAAUUGAAUAAUAAUUAAGAGACAUUUCGAGGUAAUGAUAAUCAACAUUAUGAAUAACAAAUUGAAUUUUUAAAAUCUUAAUUGGACAAUCAAAAUACAGAUUAGAUGACCUUUAAAGGAUAAAUAAAAUUAUAAAAAAUGGUUUAUGACACAUAAAAUCUUAUUUAAGAGAUAAUAAAAUAAUUAUAAUCAUAAAAUAAUUAGAAUGUGUUAACAAACUAAGUUGAUAUUUUAAAUAAAUAAAUAAAGUCAUUAAAAGAUAAUAUGAAUCAAUAAUAAGCUUUAAAAAGUUCCUUUGGAGUUAAUUUAUCAAAUUAUGAAACUAAUGAAAAUAACAAUAAUUCACUUAUUAAUUAAUCUAAUUAUAAAACAAAUGAAGAUAGAUUCGUAACUUAGAUGAGUUCUAAGUCAAAGUCUCCUUAUUGUAAGAAUACUAGAAAGAUUUAAAUGGAAGGGGAUUCAUAAAAUAAUUUGAGGUUAUUAGAAGAAUAAACGAUUAUUAAUAGAUAGUUGAUGGAAAAGAUUUUUGAAUUGUAAUCUUCAGAUAAAUAGAACUAAACAUAUUAAGAAUUAUAAGAUUAACUGAAUGAAAAAAAUAAGUAAAUAAAUGAACUUCAAAAGAAUUAAAAAAGUUAAGAAUGUUAUCCAGAGCUAAAUUAAAGAAUUUUAGAUAUAAGUAAAAAUUUGGAUAAUGUGAUUCAAUAGAAUUCUACAUUGCUUUAGGAAAAUGAGAUGCAAAAAUAAAAAAUUGAGUAAGCCAAGCAAUUAGAGUAAAAAUAUUUUGAUUUACUCUAAGAGAAUAAUAAGUAGUGUUAAUAGAUAAAUUAAAUUAUAAAUGAUAAUUGUUAAUUGAAAAAAAUUUAAUAAUAAUAUGAGGCAGAAUGUAAGGGAUAUUAACAAUAAAUAUUAAAAUUAUAGGAAAAGUGUGAAGUUUUAUAAGCCUCAUUAUAAGAUUAAAAUGAUUCAAAAUUUUUAUAAUAAUAAAUAAAUGAGUUAUUAUAAUAAUAAUAAGAGUAAAAUAAAAUUAUUGUAAUUAUAAUUUAUAUUAAAUUAGAGUUUAAUAACAGAUGAGGCAUUAUAUUUAGGAUAAAUGACAUUAUAUACAAAUGAUUUGAUAUAAAAGUAAUAAGGAGAUAUUCCAAAUUCAAUAAGGGUUCUAUAAAAGGAUUUAAAUAAUAAAAAAACAACAAUAUAAUAGAAGAUGAAAAUAUUAUAGUAAUUUGGAAAUAAUAUGAAAAUAAAGCAAUGUAUAUCGCAUAAUAGUUCAAUAAAAACAAAUUCAGAUGUGGAUUUAUUAGAGAAUUUAGAAAAUGAUGUAUUACCUACAAAAUGUUAAUAAUAAUAGUAUUAACAUAAUGAUUUGAUGGCAAUGUUAGUAAUGCAAUGUCAUACAUUAGAAAAAAUGAUAGAUUUUUGA